CUGGGGGCGGGUCAGUACGGCACGUCCCCAAUGUCACACUCUGCGCAAGCGCAGUGCAGGGUCCUAAUGGAAGAGGAUGAGAGAGGGGCAGAGCGGGGUGUUGGAGGGCCCCCUAGAGUGGGACGUAACCUGAAGGCCUGGCUGCAAGAUCAGUACUGUGACCAUGAUCUGGAGCAAUGCCAGGACACACUGCUCCAUAACGCAGCUUGUGUGGGGGACAUCGAGACUCUAAGGACCCUGUUACAGGAGGAAAGGUUCCUGAGGCGUAUCAAUGAGAAGUCUGUGUGGUGCAGUGGAUGGCUGCCCUGCUCCCCGCUUCGUAUUGCUGCCACUGCUGGGCAUGCAGAUUGUGUAGCUCUCCUUAUUGAUUUUGGGGCACAGCUGGAACUGGUUGAUGUUAAAGGUCAAACACCCCUGUUUGUAGCCACAGAAAAUGGACACUUGGACUGUGUGCAGGUUCUUCUGAAGGCUGGCGCAGACCCCAACGGGAGUCCACAUAAUAGGAGCUCUCCUGUGUACCAUGCUGCACGUGUGGGCCACACUGAAGUACUACAAGAACUAAUCCGAUAUGGUGCAGAUGUGGAUGUUGAUCGGCAGCUGUCAUGUGGUUCUGGUUCUUCAUCACCGCGAAUUCUGACAUCUUUAACCUGCACCCCACUGUACAUAAGUGCAGCCUAUGACAACCUCCCGUGCUUCCGCCUUUUGCUUCAAGCUGGUGCCAACCCGGACUAUAAUAGCUGGAGCCCAGUGUAUGAAGGAAAUCUUGCACGGUCAUCUCCAUCUUGCUUGCUGGAGGCAGUUCUGAGUCAUGGCUGUGACAAGCAGUAUGUUCAGCUGCUCAUUGACUUUGGGGCAACACUAAGCCUUUUGCACACAGAACCAAGUUGUGACGAGCACUCCAGAAAGAAAGUGAACCCUGAGGCCUUGCAAGUCUUCAGAGAGGCAAAAUGUUUCCCCCGGACUCUGACUAGUCUUUGUCGUAUUGCUGUGAGAAGAGCUAUUGGAAAGCAAAGACUGUAUUCAAUCAGCGUCCUUCCUGUUCCUCAUCGUGUGAUACGUUUCCUUCUCUAUGAGCAGUAACAGGACAGAGAUACCUAAUCUGAAGCAGUGUUCACACAGAUGUCUUCCUGAUAUACUGAAAGAAGUGCAUGAGUGUAAAUUCCUUACUCAAACACCAUAUUGAUGCUUAAAACGUGUAUAGGUAGCUGCAACCUGACAAUAGUAUUACUGCCAGACGAGUACUAACGUGAACAAGGUUGUGUAUCCCAUACAACCUGCGAACAAUGUAUAAAGUGGGGGUACACUUUCCUCAAGUCUGGGCUUGAUUAUCACCAAUAAAUGGGUGGAUAUAAAAUAUAUGUAAAAAAUUAUGUAGAUCCAGUGAAUUAAUUUAAAACAAUUUAUUACAAUGAUAGUGCUUGUGGUGUCCUUUGUAGGGCCCUUACAUGGGACUCACCACAAUAAGCAAGGUAGUGAAUGUAUAAAAUAUUCAUACAAUGAAAUAGACAUAUAAUAUUCAGGGUAAAAAAGUACUGGUAUCCCAGUGUAGCAAAUAGUCUGUAUCGCUUAUAGAUGUAUGCACGGAGAUCCUGCCUUGUAUGGUUGAUAACAAAUAUCUUAUAGUCUAAGUAGCGAUGUCUCUCUAUAGCUCGUAUCUGGUCAGGAUACUGCAUGCAGCAGUGUGUUGGUAAGGGGUUAAAAUCAAUGCGCUCUGUGGCACUGGGGUUUCCUUGUGUGUAUCCCACUCUACCCUGGCGGCACAGUGAUAGAGAUUGGUGAGUGGGAUAUAAAUAGUCGUUUAAUUAUAAUCCUGUAGGUGCAUGAGGCUGCGUUCUGCAGCGCUGGAGGCCCCUCAAAUAUGGACCACUCUACCCCGGCGGCACAGGGAAAGUUUUGAGUGGAUUUGGGGAUUUGGCACACUGUGCCUCUAACCAGCAAUGUCCUGGAGCCUGGUUGCCGGAAAAAGGUUUUCGCCGGGGGUACGUCCGCUGGCAGGCGGGAUGCGUACCACCCCCGGAAGCGUGCUUUGGUGAAUUUCUUGCGAUCCGGUGAAUGAUGGUAAAGAUAGUUGGGUUUGCCAAUACUGGGGUACAGGUGAUAGAGGCUAGACACGUUCCGAGGUACUCAUCUACCUCUUUUUCAAUAGCAAUGGCUGACUGGUUGUGGAGAGUUACUAUUUAUACCUGCAGCAGCCCUCUAAUUGGAUAGUUCUCAUCGUUAUAUACAAAUUGUGUACUGGAUCGUUGUACAGGUGAUACUGAUUGUCUGGUGUUGUGAUGCAAAACCUGGAUGUGGAAAAUUUGUUGUCAACUUCUUAUUGAGUGUAAAGAUUUGAUUGCAAAAAAAAAUAUAUAUAUAAAUAUAUAUAUAUUUAUAAUUUUUUUUUUGUGUAGAGAGAUGGCAUAUCGUGGAUAUGUUCAAGAUAGUAAUAAAUGAUGUAAGGAUGGCAAAAAAAAGAAUAAAUAUAUUCUAAUCAUGCGUAUGUAGAAAUGUUUGUGAUAAUAAAAGAUAAUAGGUUGAUAUCAUAUCUUGAUUCAUAAUCGGAAUGGUGAUUUAUUAUACUGAGUUGGUGUUACGUUGUAUUCAGACUAUAAGCUGCAGACACGUAUUGCAGAAGUGUGGUGUUUGAGCUACGUGUCCUACUGGUAAUGGGAGUAAUUCGGAUCUCACAAUGCAUUUAUGAGUAGAAAAAUCUAUAUAGAAGAAUAUGUAUAAAAAUAUAAAGUAUAUAUAUCCUUCCCUUUUCCCUUUCUCCCCUUUUUUAAAAAAUUCCUUCAAACAAAAUUUUUGUACAAAACUUUUUAAAUUAUAGAAAGAAUGAUCGAAAAUAUUUUUGGGUAAAAAAUUUAAAAUUGUAUACAUAAAUAGACACAGAUAUAAAUAUACAGUCCAGAAAGAAAAUUUAUGGAUCUAAAUUGGGAUACUAUAGCUGUACAGUGGAAAGAUGAUGAUAUAAAGUAAUGAUGUAGAAAGAAGUGAAAGGAUGAUGGGUUGUAGAAUCAGAGAAGUCAGGAAACUAGAUUCCUCAUGUCAUCCUAGCUCUCUAUCUAGGGGAAUCCGAAAAUUUCCAGUUCGGCGUUUAAACCUUUAGGGGCUAAAGUUUCCAUCUCGUAUAUAUAUCUGGACUCUAUCCUUGACAUCUUUGAAAUAAAAUUGCCGCCUCUCCAGGCGGGUUGAACCGAUUGUAGGGCUGCGAACUGCAUGCCUCUAAUGUGACAGUUGUGUUUCCUUGUAGUGGGCAGAGAGUGUGUGUUUCUCGUAUCCGCUUUUUAUAUUAUAAAAAUGUUCAGCUAUCCUCUUUUUUUUUAAGUGUAUGUGAUAUGCGACCUAUAUAUUGUUUAUUGCAGGGGCAUUUUAUAGUAUAAAUUAUGUUUUUAGUGUUGCAAGUUAUUUUAUUGGAUGUGUUUUAUGGUUUGUGGUAGAUGUUAUGUCAGUUUUUUUGGGGGAACUUUGCAAUUGUUCCACCAUCUGUAAAAUCCUGUUAGUACGACCCUUUCUGGACUAACAGGAUUUUACAGAUGCAAUCAGUGCAACAAUUGCAAAGUUACAGAGUUCCCCCCAAAAAACAAACUGACAUAAUAACAUCUACCACGAACCAUAAAACUAUUUUCUUUCCGGACUGUAUAUUUAUAUCUGUGUCUUUAUGUAUACAAUUUUAAAUUUUUUACCCAAAAAUAUUUUCUAUACUGUAUUUUUCGCCCUAUAAGACGCACCCAAUUUAUAGGUGCAAAAUCUAAAAAAAAUAAAGAUUCUGAACCCAACAGUGGUCUUCAACCUGCAGACCUUCAGAUGUUGCAAAACUAGUUUUGCAACAUCUGGAGGUCCGCAGGUUGAAAACCACUGGUAUAGGAGGUAGUACUCAUGUGUCCCUGCUGCUCCGGACGCGUCACCGGUGCCCUGGAUGUCGCCCCAUCGCUGUCGCCGCGUCCCCGACGCUCCGGACUUCUUCCCCCGGAUCCACGCUCUCCGUCGCCGUCAUCACGCCGCUCCUAUUGGAUGACGGCGUGCGUGACGACGUGAUGACGUCAAAGGAGAGGACAAGGGAUCCUGGCACUGAGAAGACACUGAGGAGGCAGGUAAGGUCCCUCCCGGUGUCCUGUAAGCUGUUCGGGACACCGCGAUUUCACUGCAGCGGUCACGAACAGCCCAACUGAGCAGCCGGGUUAGUGUUAUUUUCGCUUCAGACGCGACAUCGGUGAUGUCCUGUAUUAGCGGCGGGUCCCGGCCGUUGAUGGCCGCAGGUAUUCGCCGUAUAAAACGCACCAACUUUUCCCCCCCAGUUUUGGGGAAGAAAAAGUGCAUCUUAUACGGCGGAAAAUACGGUAAUUUUUUCUAUAAUUUAAAAAAGGACACAUAGCUCAAACACCACACUUUUGCAAUACGUGUCUGCAGUUUAUAGUCUCAAUA